GGAAAACGGUGGUAACUGUGGUGUAGGCUAUAGCUGCAGAGAUGCGCGACACAGAAAAACAAGGAGAAACGAGGGAAAUGGAAAGACAGCACAGAGAAGGAAAGUAACCACUGAAAAUACAUCAUCUGAGAUGCUCCGAGACACCGAGGAACACCGUCUUCGCUGCGCACUUUGGACAUAAAAACGCGGAGAGGGCUCGGAUCGUGCAUUGAUCCGAAUACAGGGGACGGGAGGGGUCGAUCAUGGGGAACGAAGCGAGCCUGGAAGGAGGCGAAGGGCCUCCGUCUGGGCUACCAGAGGGGCUGGCACCUGAUGGGAAGGGUGGCUUCGUCCGCGUCCCCGGUGGGACUCCGGUCAACCUGAAUGAACUCAGCGAGGAGGAGAGGAGGCAGCUCGCCGCGGCGAUGUCAAGGGCGCAAGGCAGGCAGCCCGGAGUCGCAGCAGCUGCACGAAGACCUUCAGAAUCUGAUGCCCAGCAGCGUUCCCAGCAGGUAGGGGCCUCCAGGGGUCCUACAGGUCUCAGUAAGAGCCGCACUGUAGACGCCUUCAACCAGGGUCCACCUGGCAGGCCCACACCGGGCCGCAGCCCCUCAUCCCUCAGCCUUUUCGAAUCCAGAUUCCGGCAGGAGCCAAAAGACCCCGAGACCAAGUCAUCCGGCAUGUUUGGCUCCAGUUUCCUCAGUGGGGCCAACCCGCUCAAUGCCAUGUCAUCUAUGACCUCCUCUGUCUCCUCCUCCAUAUCCUCCAUGGGCGAUUCUGUCAACAUCUCCAAGUUUGGACUGUUUGGGGAUGAGGAGGAGGGAGAUGCAUCUGCAACACCUGAGUCCAAGCAGGGAGGGAAGCCACCAGGCAAGGGACCUCAGCAAGGGCCAGGCCCAAAGGGACCGCAACAGGGAGGACCUCAGAAACAGGGCCAGGGCCCUCCUGGACAGGGGCCAAAGCCAGGGCAAGGACCCCCUGGGCAGGGACUCAGGCAAGGUCAGGGACCACCAGGCCAGGGGCCCAAAUCAGGCCAAGGUCCCCCUGGCCAAGGACCCCCUGGGCAGGGACCCAGGCAGGGUCAGGGACCACCAGGCCAGGGGCCCAAAUCAGGCCAAGGUCCCUCUGGCCAAGGACCCCCUGGGCAAGGACCCAGGCAAGGUCAGGGGCCACCAGGCCAAGGACCCCCAGGGCAACAAGCCUCCAAACCAGGUCAAGGACCGCCAGGUCAAGGCCCUCCCCAGCAAAAAGGUGGACCGCCUCAACAAGGACCUGGGAAGCCUGGACCCAAACAGCAAGGCCCACCUGGCCCUGGGGCUCAUCCUGGAGAGCCAGUCAAGAACGAUGGGCCUCCUGGUCAGCAGGGGGCUGGAAAGCUUGGAGGUGGACUUUGUCCACUUUGUAAGACCACCCAGCUGAACAUUGGGUCUAAGGACCUGCCUAAUUACAAUAACUGUACUGAGUGUAAGAAUCAGGUCUGCAGCCUCUGUGGGUUCAGCCCCCCAGAUUCAGCGGGUAAAGAGUGGCUGUGUCUGAACUGCCAGAUGCAGCGAGCAAUGGGAGGUAUGGAUCCCCCUGGCAUGACAAAACCCAAACAAGGCUCGGCCCCACCCUCACCCCAGAGACAGGCACCUGGCAAGCCUGGCAAGCUGCUGAUAAAGCAGCAGAGUACCACCGACCAGGGGUUAACGCCGCCAACCACACCGAGGCAGAAAUCUCCAGGUCCUACCUCUCCUGGGCCCCUUUCCCCAGGCUCCUCAGUGGGAGGAUCCCCCAAAAUUGACCCCAAGACAGGCCGCCCUAUUCAGCAGAAGUCCACUCCCCAGCAGUCUCCAGCUAAAGCCAAACAGGAGUCCAGCUUCUUUGGGGGGUUAGGAGGUAUCAGUCUGGGAGGCUUAACAGAUGCAGCCAAACCUUCUGCGGCUGCUUCACAAGCUACUGAGUCCGUUACAGGGAAACUGUUUGGCGGGUUUGGUAGUUUGAUGGAAUCAUCGAAGCCUCAAGCGCAGGCCGCACCUAAGCAGGAGGAGUCAAUGGCUGGGAAGUUUUUUGGAGGUUUUGGAGGGUUGACAGAAUCAGCAAAACCUCCGGCUGCUGCUUCUCAGAUGUUCAGCUUUGGAUCGUCGCUCUUGAGUUCAGCCACCAAUAUUGUCACUGGAGAGGACGACAAGGCAGCGGAUUCUCCACCUGGGUCGCCGCCAGACUCCAGACCAGGUUCCCCUCCAGAUUCUGGCCCCGGCUCACCACCUGACUCCCCCUUCUCUCCUCCUGGGUCUCCUCCUGAUUCGGACUCUGCUCCUGACACCCCACCUGCUAAGUCGAAGAAACCCCUGAGAACCAUUUCUGUGGAGAGGGAAGAAAAGGCCCCAGCAGCCAAACCUGCAUUUGCCCCAGCCUCAACAACCAAGGAAAGCUGCCCUCUCUGUAAUGUGGAGCUGAACGUUGGAUCAGCAGACACGCCCAACUACAGCCUUUGCACUGAGUGCAAGAAGAAAGUGUGCAAUCUGUGUGGAUUUAAUCCUACUCCCCAUUUAGGAGAGAAAGAAUGGCUUUGCCUCAACUGUCAGACCCAAAGAGCCAUGUCGGGCCAGCUGGGAGACAUGCUACCUCCAGCCAUGGCUUCCCCAAAAAAGCAACCAUGUGCUCCUGCUCCCUCCUCCACCCCUGCCCCUGCUGCUGUAGAUAGCAAACCUGUAAUAGAAGCAGCAGACCUAACCUCACCAGCUCCCGAGACCAAGGUGAAAACAGUGGAGACCUUGAAAGAGCCUGCAGAGAAAGAAAUGACUGCCAAGGAAGGCAGUCCCACCAGCCCAUCAGACUUAGCAAAGCUGGAAAGCACAGUCCUUCCCAUUCUUGAGGCCCAGGCCAGCACGCAACCAAAGGAUGAGGAAAAACUAACAGACACUCUAAGGACCAGACGUAAAUUAGAGGUGCUUCCUCUCUCACCUGACUCACUUAGCUCAGAAGAUGACAGAGAACUUUCUGAGAAGAAUGUUAAAGGUACCACAAAGAAAAAGCUCCUUGUGCCCAUGGAUGUCAGAGCAGAUUCCCUGGAUGAUAGCAGUGAAAGCUUUGGAAAAGAAAGCCCAAUGUCAGGGGAUGAUGAGGAAUUUAUCCGAAAACAGAUCAUGGAAAUGAGUGAGAAUGAGGAUGCUUCCCCGUCUGAUGAGGAAAAUCUAAUCCGGCGAAAGAUCAGAGAGGAUGAGAAGAAACAAAUAGAACAGAAGAAAACAGAGGCUGUAGAGAGGAGCACAUCAGGAAGAGCCAGGCGACUUACCAAGAAAAGCACUAUAAGUCCAGAUGAUGAAGAUAAGCAACUCCACAGCUCAUUGGAUAAACCUGAUAUAGACAAAGAGGACAGACCAGAACCAAAAGAAGAGGAGCAUCAGACUGGUACUGCAGUGCGCAAAUUCCGAACUAUGGAGCUGAAUGCAACCAGCAGCCCUAUGCGUAUACCUAAUGAUGAUGGAGAGCCCGAAAUGGAAAGCCUUACAGACUCUCCAGAUGAUCGAUCUAGAGGGGAGGGGUCAUCCAGUCUACAUGCAUCAAGCUUCACUCCUGGGACGUCACCAACAUCCCUCUCAUCACUGGAUGAAGACAGUGACAGUAGUAGUCCCAGCCAUAUCCGUUCUGGUGAAGGUAAACAACAUAGGAAAGCCAAACACAGACAACCUGGUCAAAUGCUGCCAACCAUUGAAGACUCCUCUGAGGAAGAAGAGUUACGGGAAGAAGAGGAGCUGCUCAGGGAGCAAGAAAAACAGAGGGGCUCAGGGAAAAAAUCCAAGAAAGACAAAGAAGAGAUUCGAGCCCAGAGGAGGCGAGAGCGUCCAAAGACACCACCAAGCAACCUGUCCCCCAUUGAAGAUGCCUCACCAACUGAGGAACUGAGGCAAGAGGCUGAAAUGGAGGAGAUCAGACGAUCAUCCUGCUCUGAUUUCUCCCCCAGUAUUGAAUCAGAUCCUGAAGGGUUUGAAAUCCAUGCCGCAAAGAUCGCAGCAGUUCAGAAAUCGUAUCAACUGCCUAUAUCAGUAUCUCUUCACUCCCCAACAGAUGAUCAAAAUACUGAUAAACAACAGAAAAAACCUCUCAAAUCUGCUGAUGAGGCUUAUGAGGAAAUAAUGCUGAGGGCCACGUCUCCAACAGUUGACAAAGGUGAGAUUCAACUGGGAAAAGAGUCCCUUUAUGGAGGCAUGCUCAUUGAAGACUAUGCCUAUGCAUCUCUUAUUGACAGUUCAACAGCUGAUCUUGGGGAGCCACAGAAGAUUGUUGUUCCUGCACAGCCUAAAAAACUGAGAUCACCAGAUGAAGUUUAUGAAGACAUGAUAAAGAAGAGGAAAGAAUUCAUGCAGCUGGAGCAGGAAUAUCAAAAUAUGCAGCCAACAAAGGAAAGCACUAACCCAGAAAUUGUGUUGCAACCUGCUGAGAAUAGUUUAACCAAAAGCAAUACAGUAACAUUAGGCAAAGACGGGAAGCCAUUGUUGGAUGCUGAAACUGCCUAUGAAGAGCUAAUGAAAAGAGUGCUGACUCCUGGAACAAGUCCAACUCAGCAGGGGCCAGAAGUGGAAGUCACUGCAUCUAGAAGGGCACUCCACCCCAUCCCAGACUUAAAGGUGACACAGUGCUCUUCAGGAGAGUUAUCUUCUGAUGACGAGAGUAUAAUUAAAAAGGAAGAGGAGAUAACUGCAGUAUCAGACACAACAUCAGCUAACGAAACUGAGCCUAUGACAGUGUUUUCCAAGUCUCCUACAUCAUCCACAUCAGAUCACCAACCUCACACCACAAUUGCAGCAUCCCAGGCUGAUGUUGUGGACUUAUCUAGUGCACUCCCAAGAACAUCAGCCCAUGUGAUUGCCAGUGUAUCACCCUUGCCCACGGUCCCCCAGUACACACCCAGUAUUCCCAGCAUAGUAUCAACUGCCCCACCUGUCCCCCCCAAGCCAAGCGUCCUAUGUAGGGCUAAUUCUCAGGAAAAUGCAGAAGUACCCGUUGCACCACCACUGCCUCCUCCCACCCCGCCGAAACCAACUGUUUUUCCCAGGAAACCUCCAGUUCCACUUCCACCUCAGGCUUCAGCAACUCCAAUCAGGCCAGAGACAGUGGCUAUGACUGCAGCCCAAGGACCACCUACAAGACAAGCAGUUACACCAAUGUACAAACCUCAUGUCCCCCCUCCUGUUCCCCCAAAGCCAUCCAUUCCUGCUGGGAUUGGGGAUAGCCACAGACCAGGACAUGGUGUCAAACCACCAAUUGCACCGAAGCCUGGCUCACAGCCUUCUUCACCCGCCCAUGCCCCACAUCCACCAAGACCCACUGUACUUCCCACUGGUCCUACUGACAUAGCCCUGAAUCUGAGCCCUUCUUCUGAGAGCAAGCCGUUUCAACCCUCACCAAAGUCUCCUUCUUCUCCAAGAUAUGCCAGCAAUCUUCGUGACACAUAUGUGGUCAUCACACUGCCAUCUCAGCCCAGCUCUCCAGUAGACAGUGUCUUAACUCAAGCUCCCUCUAGCCCUGGCCCAGCAUCUCCUUCAUGGCAAGCUCAGCCCCAAAGUUAUCACCAACCACAGCCUCAACCUCAAUCAUAUCCACAGCAGCAUCCACAACCAACCCCUCCUCAGACAACCAGGGUGCCUCUGGCAUACACACGUGUCACAGAAUCCAUUGAAAGUCAAGAGAUGUGUGGCCCAGAAAAACAUGUAUCUAGUUCUUGUCACAUAAUUGAGGCUAUAUCUGCCUCAGCACAGCCACCUGUGAUUAUGCCUAACCUCAUCUCUCAAGUGGUCACUACAGAAGUCCAAAGGACCACGGUCUCCGUUGUUCAUGAAAGGACAACACCACCAGUGCCAGCUCCAAGGGCAAAUGGUGUCCCAAUCUCAAUGGAGAAACCUAAGCCCCAAUUGCCAGCACAGAAUGGACAGGGCUUCCUACCUUCUGAGGUGGUAGAUCUUAGGACUAUGAAGGUGGACCCAGAAUCAGACAUGAAUGGUGUAGAUCUGUCUGCUGGCCCAGACUCAAGAUGUCAGUCCUUUGCAACUGAUGUCAUUCGUCAAAACAGUGCAGUGCAGUCACCUGUGGUCAACCUCAGUGCUGAAUCAUCCACUGUUUCUAUAGUGACUGAUAGCAUCACCAUUGUGACCUGUGCUGCCACAAUCCAGCAAUGUGACAAUGUAAACACCUCUCAAGCAUCUUCAGUACCCCUUCAGCUAACAAAAAACAAAGCAUUUGAGCCUGUUUCUCAAAUUAUAUAUCGGCCAAUUGAUUCUCAGCCCUCCACUCAUGCUAGUGCAGAGAUUCCUAUUAACCUCUCACUUGGAUCAAGCACAGGUGGAGGAACUUUCCAGACCACCCCUGUCACUAUUGCUCCCACUUCUAUUGGAAGUUGUGUUGCUAAUGGAUUAACUACAGGUACAACCACAGUGGCAGGAGCUGUUGACCUUAGUACAACAAAACCAUUCAACACUGUAGUAUCAGUGGAUGCUGCUUCUGCAGAAGUGGCCACCUCUGUAAUCACAGAUGAUGAUGGCAAACCAGUGGAUCUGACUGCAGGAAAAAGAGCUGUAUGCUGUGAUGUUGUGUACAAGCUCCCAUUUGCAGGAAGCUGCACUACUCAGCAACCUACCACACCCCUGCCUGAAGACCGUUUUGGAUAUCGUGAUGACCAUUACCAGUAUGACCGAUCACCUUAUGGCAUGAGAGGGUAUGGUGGAAUUAAACCAUCAAUGUCAGACACUAACCUAGCAGAAGCUGGCCUGUUCUUUUACAAGAGUAAGAACAGCUAUAAUUUCAGUGGCACCACAGAGGGGGCAGUAGAUCUUACCUCUGCGAAGAUUUCUGAUGCAGGUGAAGCUGUUGACUACUCCAAGAAAGGGACUUACACAGGAAUGACAAUUCCACCCUAUUCCCAAGCCAGAGUCACAAGUGCUGUUGGUACACUCUUUGGUACAAGCAGCGUCUUGAGGUCAUCAAAUGGGGUGGUCUAUUCCUCUGUUGCAGCACCAAUGCCAUCUACGUAUGCCAUUACCACCCAACCUGGGUCCAUCUUUAGUACAACAUACAACACCCUGUCAGGUAUGCAUACCAGUGACACCAUGCCUUCCCUGUCCAACAUCCAGAACUUGCCACUUACACGGUCCCACAGUUUCCUGUCCACCAUCUCCACUACUGCAACAGAAGAGCAAGGAGAUGCCCCACUCAAUCUGGAGGUCUCUAGAGGGGGUACUACUGCUGCCCAUGCUGACACCACAGCAACAACCUCUUUAUCCCUUGACACCUACACUGAUGCAUCCCUGGAGGCCAUAGCUGCUUCACUUGAGGCUCUGUCUUCACCCAUGGUUCCCGGGGAUGGCCAGUACCAGGCAGAGCGUGAGAGGCUAGAGAUGGAGAAACUCAAGCAGCAGCGCCUAGCUGAGGAAUUAGAGUGGGAACGGCAGGAGAUUCAACGGUUCCGUGAGCAAGAACAGCUCUUAGUACAGAAGGAGCUGGAGGAGCUGCAGGCCAUGAAGCAGCAUAUCCUGUCCCAACAAGAAGAGGAAAGACAGGCUCACCUUAUGAUGCAGAAAGAAACCUAUGCCCAGCAACAGCAACAGCUUGAGCAGAUUCAGAGACUCCAAGAGCAACUGCGCCUGCAACUGGAAGAGCAAAAGCUUCGUCAGAUGUACCCAGGUGGGGACAUACCAGGGCAUGGCUUGCAGGAGGCAAUUGUCUUAGGACCUGAUGGCACAGUGCUGGCUCGAAAGAUCACGGAUAGUGGGUGCCAGACAGAUGAAGAGGAUGAGGCAGUCAGCAAAGCUUACACAGCAGGGAGAAAAAAGAGAAGUGCUAAAAAGAGUGUUGACAGUUGUGUGCAGACUGAUGAUGAGGAUCAAGAGGAAUGGGAAGCUCAGACCAGAAGCCGACAAAGCCGGCCACGCACUGCCAGGGGUGAUAGGGGUGGGCUGUCAGAGAUGUCUCUUCAAGCCCACACUGAGAUUUCUAUUCAAACAGAUACAGAGGGGAACAUUAGAAUGGACACCAGGAUGGAGUUGUCUGACUCUGAAAGGACCUCACCAAAGAAACGACCUACCCCCUUAGAAUUAGGCCAGUCUCCUAACCUCAAAGUUGAUUCCUCUACGCUUCAAGCCCCUCCUAAAUCUCCCAAAGUGCUCUAUUCCCCCAUAUCCCCCUGUAUAUCUCCUAGCAAAUCCCUUGAGUUUGUGUCCUAUGAGAAAUCACUGGGUGAUACAAGCCCACAAAAGCUAAGAGGAAGUGAGGAUUCAUCAAACGCCUCUCCAGCAAGUCCCAGGGGACCAAAAACCAUGCAGAGAUCCAUGUCUGACCCUAAGCCCAUGAGUCCAACAGGAGAAGAAAGGGCGACAUCUGGCACCCAGUAUGGUGAUAGUUAUACUGGGAAAGGCUCAGGUGGCACACCAACAGGCACUCAAAAAAAGGUGAAGAGGACUCUCCCCAAUCCACCGUCAGAGGAUGAGUCAACAACCAGUGGCCAAACAGCAUACAGCACUGGUUCUGCCCGCCGAAGAAUGUGCCGCAAUUCCAACAUGGCACGUGCCAAGAUCUUACAAGACAUUGAUCGUGAGCUAGAUCUGGUGGAGCGAGAGUCCUCCAAGCUCCGCAAAAGACAAGCAGAGCUAGAUGAGGAGGAGAAAGAGAUUGAUGCCAAGCUUAGGUACUUGGAGAUGGGCAUUAAUCGUAGAAAAGAUGUGCUACUGAAGGAGAGAGAGAAGAGGGAAAGGGCCUACUUACAGAGUGUUGCAGAGGACAGAGACUACAUGUCAGACAGUGAGGUUAGUAACAUCCGAGAGACUAGAGGUGGGCGUGGAGGUGGUGAAGAUGAGGAGAUUGAAGGUCAUGGUCUUGAACGUCCCAGGACAGCUCCCCAGUCAGAAUUAGAGGACUUUGUCCCACCUCAAACCAAGCAUGAGUAUGGAAAAUAUUCCCAGUACCAGUACCCUCAAAGCCAAUACCAGCAGUCUCUCUACCAGACUCCCCAGUCCUAUCAAUCUCAUUCUAUCUACUCCUCUGUCCCCUCGCUCACUAGCUCCCAGCAGCAGAGUUACCACCAGAUGCUCCUGUUGCAGCAGAAAGCUGCCAGACAAGCAGCCCUCCUCUCAGAGCUGGAUGCAACUAAAUAUGAUAUAAUUAGCCGCCAGCCUGAUUCCACAUCAUCUGCUUACCUGGGAGUGAAGUAUGACAAAUAUGGCAACCACCUUGACCUCAGAGCCUUGGAGGUGGGAAGUAUAGCACGUAGCCCCAUGUCAGCUGUCUCUGAUUCCUAUUACACAGAUGUAGAUCACCAUACACCUCGGAGUUACAUGUUGCUGGAAGAUGCUGCAGAACUAGCAAAGGGCUCCACAGGUCUAUCUUCAUCUUAUAGUCUAGCUGAGAGGGAGCUGGCUAAGGCAGAGAAGCUGCUGCGUAGGAGUGCUGCAGAUCUAGGGUCUACUGACUAUCUGGGAUCCACCUCUAGACUCCAUACAUUUGGAAAGACCCCUGAUGAAGAGGAUACAAUGGAGGAACCCUACGAACUGAAACUCCUGAAGCAGCAGCUCAAGCAAGAGUUUAGGAGAAGUACGGGUGGAACAGAAAACUUAGAACAACUGACAGGUCUCUCCCAGCACUACUAUACCCCAAGCUCUGGCAUCUCUAGUUACUCCCAAAGACACUAUCCAAAGUCAGAUAAGUACAGCAUCAGUCGUCUUACUCUAGAGAAGCAGGCAGCUAAACAACUCCCAGCAUCCAUGUUGUACCAAAAACAUAAGGCUCCAUUGUUAGAUCCUAAGAUAUCCUCCAAGUAUUCCUCUGUUACAGACAACAGAGGUUUGGAGACAGACUAUACCAGCUAUCUUGGGUCUACCAGUGCAUCCCCAAGAUCCAGCCGGCUCUCGCAGGAUGAGAUUACCUUCGGCCUUCGUAAGAAUAUUGCAGAGCAGCAAAAAUACCUGGGGUCUACCUUGGGUGCCAACUUGGCUGGGUCACUAAAUUUGGGCCAGAGCUUAGGUUUGGACUCUGCCUAUCCUAGUGGUAGUCGCUCAAGACCCUCAUCCAGGCCCACAUCUUGCUAUGGUCUGGACUUGUCUAUCAAAAGAGACCCUUCCAGCUCUUCACUGAGGCUUAAAGGAGACGGUGAAGCAUCUGGAGAUGGGCCAAGCUAUCAAACCCCCUCUGGUCGCACCAAACCCACCAGCCUUCCCAUUGUGCAAAGUGGGCGUGGCCGAAUACCCAUAGUGGCCCAGAACUCGGAAGAAGAGAGUCCAUUGAGCCCCGUUGGGCAGCCGAUGGGCAUGGCCCGUGCAUCAGCGGGACCUCUGCCGCCCAUCUCAGCUGAUUCAAGGGACCAGUUUGGUUCCUGCCUGUCCUUGCAAGACUCCCAACAGCAGCAACAUAUCAGGGAAGAGCCAACCAGGGGUAGGGGUUAUGUGCUGCUGGAUGACCUUCAGGGCACCAUGUCAGAUAGUGAAGCCCUAAGUGAUUCCCUGAUGGCUUUGAACAGAGACGAUGCAACCAAUGCCUACCACCUUAGACAAGAAGAAACAGACUGGUUUGACAAACCUAGAGACGGACGGUCAGAGAACGGACAAGAGAAGAGACAGGGAAAAGGCCCGUAUUACCCCUUCCCUCAUCUCAGGGUCAAACUGCAGAGGGAUCCCAAAGACCGCAGUGUCUCAGGAAAUGGUCUGGGUAUCCGUGUGGUUGGAGGGAAAGAGGUCCCUGGCUGUAAUGGAGACAUUGGAGCCUAUGUUGCCAAAGUCCUACCGGGUGGAGCUGCAGAACAAACAGGAAAGAUUCUUGAAGGAAUGCAAGUCCUGGAGUGGAAUGGUGUUCUUCUGACAGGGAAAACCUAUGAAGAGGUACAAGGGCUCGUCGGACAGCCGUGUAAUGAGGCAGAAGUGUGUGUCAGACUUGAUCUCAACAUGCUGGCUGAGUCUGAAGGUUCCGAGCACCUGGAUUUCCAUGAGCACAGCAAAGGUGACAGACCUCCCAGGUCUCCAGGUGUUGACCCCAAGCAGCUGGCAGCUGAGCUCCAAAAAGUGUCCCAGCAGCAGGCGCCCACCUCCACUUCUUCCUCCGGCCUGCCCGUCACCACCUCAGCGACCUCCAGCCCCGCUCAGCCAGGAUCACCCUCUGUCAGCAAGAAACGCCAAAGCAGCAAGACUGCAGAGGGAACGAAGAACCAGUCCCACCCCAUCUCUGGAGAGAUACAGCUUCAAAUCCACUACGACAAGCAGCUUGGCAACUUGAUCGUUCACGUCCUGCAGGCCAGAAACCUUGUUCCACGGGACAACAAUGGCUACUCUGACCCAUUUGUUAAAGUGUAUCUCCUACCUGGGAGAGGUCAGGUCAUGGUUGUCCAGAACGCCAGUGCUGAAAACAAGAGGAGAACCAAACACGCAGGCAAGAGUAUCAACCCCGAGUGGAACCAGACUGUCAUCUAUAAAAACAUCCUCCUGGAGCAACUGAGGAAGAAGACCCUGGAGGUGAGCGUGUGGGACUAUGACAAGUGCUCCUCUAAUGAUUUCUUAGGAGAGGUCCUUAUAGACCUUUCCAACACAGCCCAGCUGGACAACAUCCCGCGGUGGCUCCCCCUAAAGGAGCAGAGCGAGGGGGAACACCACCGACGCUCCCACUCAGGCCAGGGCCGCCACAGUUCCUCUAAACCCUCCUCACUGCACUCCUCCCCUAAAACCACUGGCUCCUCACAUGACAAUCAGGAUUCCCCAAAAUCGUCAGUCAUUAAGAGCCGAAGCCACGGGAUCUUUCCAGAUCCGGCCAAGGACACGCAGGUGCCCACUAUCGAGAAAUCUCACAGUAGCCCUGGCACAUCGAAGCCUUCCCCGUCCGAGGGUCAGAGCCAAAGCCACAGCCAUGGACACAGCCAACACUCUCGCUCGCACGGCGCUUCACGCUCCAGCAAAAGUGCUGCACGGCAACACCAUCAGGACAGCGGCACUGGAAGUGGCAGAGGCGCUGCCAUAGCAACGGGCGAUGCCCCACAGCAGUCACAGCAGCAGCCGCCACAACGCCUCCAACCAAGCCAAAGAGGCCGCCUCUCACUGAGGCACCAGAGACACAGCGUAGUGGGCGUGCUCACCAUUCAGAGAGCCCAGUCCGAUUGGCUGCCUGCCCUGCCAUCGGUUGUGUCGGCCAAAAGGAGCAGAGCAGACGGCAGACACCUGACCCUCAGGAAAGCUGUGUCAGAAGAGAGGCCGCAGAGCAUCGGAGCUCGGUCGAGCUACAGAUCCAGUGAUGCCCCGGUCACAGCAGCCUCACUGGACAGCGGCUUGAGUGGCAGCGCCUACAGCCUAUUGGACGAAGACGGAGAGACAAACGAGGUGGACAGUGCCAUCUUCCAGGUGCCCCGAUUUGGAAAGAUCCCAAACGGCACAGACAUGAUGAAAUCAUCAAUGGGACACAGUGACAUUGAAGGUAAGUCCCAGGUAAUGGGGGAGAUAAAGAUCGCUCUGAAGAAGGAGAUGAAGACAGAGGGUGAGCAACUGGUCCUCGAGAUUCUUCAAUGUCGCAACAUCACCUACAAGUUCAAGACUCCAGACCACCUGCCUGGUAAUGAUCUUUAUGUGAAGCUCUAUGUGGUGAACAUCGCCACCCAGAAAAGGAUCAUCAAGAAGAAGACCAGAGUGUGUCGUCAUGACCGUGAGCCAUCAUUUAACGAAACCUUCCGCUUCAGUAUGAACCCCACCGGACACUCUCUACAGCUGUUCCUGGUGUCCAAUGGCGGGAAGUUUGUAAAGAAGACCCUCAUUGGGGAGGCCUACGUGUGGCUGGACAAAGUUGAUCUACGCAAGCGAGUGGUGAGCUGGCACAAGCUUCUUGCCAGCACCGCCCAGAUCCACUCGUAGGAGACUCUGUCUAAAAAAAACUAAACCUGAGCGGGCACGAAGAGGUUUCUGGCAUCUAGGUGCAACAUCUGUAACACUGAUCCACUCUUGUGGGUUGGGCGAAAAGGGUGGUUUGGGUACAGCAGGGGGCAAAAUAUCUCUUUCUUCAAUCUUUGUUUCAGGGCUCGUAUACUUUGAGUUUUGAUGCUUUCGUUCAUAUGGGCAGUUCUGAUGAUGAUUUCUGUCAUGCGGAAAGUUUGGAGGAAGUAGUUAUGUGUUUACAGGGAAUGAACACCAGUUUACAGGACGUACAGUGUACAGUAGUGUAGCCAGGGCUGAGGAGAACACAGGUGCUGAGUUCAGAGGUCAAGUGCGGAAUCAACCAGGUAUUACACACUUUAAUUCACAACACACACACACACACACACAUGCACACAAUUAUUAAGACAACUUUGCACACAGUCAUUUACGCAGAAGAGAAAUUUUAAUUCUACAGGGAAUGGACACACUUAGAUGUUUUAUCCAUGAAAGAUUUUCCUCAUUGCUUUAUUAUGACCGCAGAGUUUUAUUGAUUUACAAAGCAUUUUGGAAAUGAAAUAUUGAAGACUCCGCCACGGAGACCUCUUAUUUAUUUUUGUAUUAUGAUAUUAGCGUAGAGUUCUAUCAUUUGUCUUCUCCUUAAUUAUUUAAGUACUUAAAAAUAUAUCCUGGGAAGGGAGCAUAGUAUAUUUUAUAACACACUACCUAGCAUUCCAGUUCAAGAGAAAAAAAAUCUCACCAAGCAUGAUUUUAAAUUUACUAACAAAACCAUCUCCUUGUUCACUUUAGACCCCAUCUUUUCUCUCCGUAAGUGUAAACUGAGUUCUAUUAAAUGAUGAUUAUUGUUUGAUAAAGGAUCAAUAUUGAUAUAUAUAAAAUUGGGCACUAUAUAUUGUGCGCAUGAGUCUGUCUAUUUGGUAUGCAGUGCCAUGUGUUCUGCACACAAAAAAACACCUCUAAGGUUCACUUUGUAUAUACUGAAGUGUCAUAGCUGGAAAUUAUUAUAACAUAUAAAUAGAUAUACAGAUAUCUUUAUCACAGACAACCGAGUCUUGAGGAUUGUGACAUAGAGGUUUUAUUUAUCCAUGAUGCCCCUUAGAAUGUGAGACAUUUACCAUAAGAGAUUUAAGUAUUUCUUGUUUUUGUUUGUGAGACUGAAGCACAUUACGAGUCUUAUAUCAGUCCUGCUUUUGUUUGUAGGACCAACUCAACAACGCACGCUUUUGUGGUAUUUUGCACUUUUUCUGCAUAGAAUGUAAAACUGACAUCAUCAUCCUGCUAAAAAUUAGAUAGCCAGAGAUUUUUUUUUUCCCAAGUGGAGGUAAAGCAAAGCGAUGACAAUAUUAGGAGAUAUUGUAGCGAACAAAAGACAAAUGUGCCGGCAACUAUCCAAGAAAAAGCACUAUUACCAUUCUAAGAUACGACAAUGCUAUUACAGUAGCAUGAUAAUGUUUUGUCCCAGCUUUUUUGUCACAUCUGUGUUGUCUUGAUAUUACCACUUACACUUCAAAUCGUCAAUGUUGUGUCUUUAUGUGUCUUUAUAAAUCUACUAUGCCCAAUAUGUCUUGAGAAAGGUCAUCCUGUGUGUUUGUAAGGGGGUCAAGAGGAAGGACAGCUGGUUCAUUCAGCAUUUUCAGUCAAACUUAGCAGUGAAACUACAUUUAAUAUCUGAGGGAUUUCUAUGCAACAUCUACUGUAUAAAGGUGGUAACUGCAUCUUGACUUGCCAGAAAUGUGACACAUGUGAGAAAACAUUUAUAUUGAUUUUUCUUUUGCACCGCUGUGUUUUCAUGUCCUCCAUGAAAUGAUUAUUCCUUUAAUAUGAUUUUUUUAUUUAAUGUGUUAUUUUGUAUUGCUAUAUGAGUCUUUAUUUAUUGCCUGUGAGACUAUUUCAUACGUUGUAUUAUAUUUGUUUACAGUACAUAUCAGUUGUACAUAGAAACAGUUGAGAAAUUUUGUUUUUAUACACAAUGUAGUGCUUGUUUACAAGGUUUAGAGGGCCUGAAACUCAGAGAACUAACUUUUUUGCCCUUGUGCACGAACACACACUCACAUACGGAAAUUAACAUGCACAGAUCCCAAAUUUUACGUAGCUGUGAAUCAAGAUAAGAGAAAAUAACAUUCCUAUUCAAAUGAUUCCCAUCUUUUUAUGCACUACCCCUUUGAAUAAUUUCAUUUUCCAGUACGUGUAUGAGACAUGACCAAAAAAGACAACAUUGUAAUCAAUGGACGUUAUACCUGAAAUGAUAGUAGUUUUAAGUUCAGUGUGUUUUUUUGUUUUUCUUAUCUUUAUACCCAUGUGCUUGUGUGUGUAGCAUCUUCAUACCACGUCCAUGCAUGUCAUCGGCUGUAAUGCAUAUCUCUUCUUUUAAGUGUUGUCUGUCUAAAAAUAUCAACUUUAAAAUCUCUCGUAACACACAAGGAAUUACACACACACAACCACACACACACACACACACACACAGAUGCCAUCUCUAUUUCCAACCAUGUAAAUACAUAGCUUUUUUAUACUGGGAUUUGGAGAGCAAUAGGUCUUUUAGCAGACAAAAAAGGUGUGUGAUCAUAGAAGUAAAAGGAAGUUGUUUUUCUCUCGAUCAAUGUACAGUGGACAGUCUGAGAAACGACCUUAUGUCUGUCUAUAGGGACCCAGAUUUACCCGACCCUUUACACCAAACACUAAAGGUUUACCAGAGUCUAACUACACAGAAGUCUAUCUUAACAACUCAAGCUGUUGCAGGAGAAUUUAAAUGUGCUCACACUGGAUGUUGCAUGUUUUGUUGGUGGUUCAUACUAUUUUUGUGUCCAGAUAUUAUAAAAGAAAAAAAAGAAUGAGGUAGAGAAAGAUAUAGAAUAAAAUGUUAUAGAGGAAGACAUUAUGAAGAAAACCUAUUAAAAUUAUUGAUGAUGUGUGCUGACUGUACAAAGAUUAUGUUUGUAAAACCUGUCUGGUUUUUCACUUGUAAGUAAACAGAAAAAAAAAAUACUGUCAUGGUUUUGUGAUUGUAUACAGGAGGUAUUGAUAAAUUAUGCAAAUUGUGCUGUAAAAAUGGCUGUUGCCCCAUGUCUAAAUAUUAAAUAUCAGUACAAAUUAA